AUGAACGCUGAACAGAGGGCCAGGAUUGAAGCAAAUAGACAAAGGGCAUUGGAAAGAUUAAAACAGAGGGGUAUUAUCAGAGAUGAACAGGCAAAGAAGAUGGAAGCUCGAAACGCUCCCAAACCAGCUAAAUCUGUGACUGAUAAGCCAAGUGAUGAUGUACCGAAGGAUAAGGUACAAAAUAGCAAGAGUGCAAGUGUCAACGUAAAUAGUUCGGUACGCGAUGCUUCAAGUAAAGACAAAGAAGCCGCUAAUGACGAGGGCAUAAAACGUUCAAAACGGCCUUUAGAUAAAAUACGCCCCACGAUACGGAAGCAGGACUAUAUCGAAUACGACUUUGCCACUAUGAAGAACUCUCAUGGUGGCUUCAUCAACAUUGAAGAGGAUUACGAAGGACCUGACAAUAAGAAACAGCAGUCAUUGGAAGACUGGCAACGCUCUCAACGGGAGAGAAGGGCUCUGUACGAAAAUGCCCCUCCACCAGAUCACCCUUCACUUGCACCUAAAUGUACUGAGUGUAAUAUCAACACCGAACUUGACCCUCUACUUUUGGAUACCUUCCACUUACAGGUGUGCAAAUCCUGUGUGAAAGCUCAUCCUGAAAAGUAUUCUCUUUUAACGAAGACAGAGUGUAAGGAAGACUAUUUCUUGACUGAUCCAGAGCUUAAUGAUGACUCUCUUUUCUACAGGUUGGAGAAACCAAAUCCUCACUCAGGAACCUUUGCGAGAAUGCAAUUAUUUGCUCGGUGCCAAAUAGAAGAGUUUGCAUUCAAGAAGUGGGGUGGUGAAGAAGGAUUAGACAAGGAAUGGCAACGAAGGGAGGAAGGAAAAGCUGAGAGGCGGGAAAAGAAGUAUCAGCAAAAAAUGAAGGAAAUGAGGAUAAAAACACGAGCACAAGAAUACACAAAGAGACUGCUUCAGAAAAAGCAUGGUGAAGAGCACAUACAUGAAUUUUCAAAUGCAGUUGAUGGUGGUGUCAAUGAUGAUGGGCUUCAAGUAUUGAAAAGAAGGUGUAUUGGGUGUGGUUUGGAAACUGAGGAGAUUGCAAUUUAG